AUGCAGACAGCCGGAUAUGCGGUGCCACCGUACUUCAGCUACGACUACAGAUCCCCUCCUCAGACACCCCAGAGGGCCAGCGGAUAUGCCUACUUCUCGCCGAGACAGUAUUCGACUCCGGCGACAGCGCCAAAGGGCCACACUCGACGGCCGACUGCAGACGCAACCUACACCUACAACACCACCACCUACUCCACGCCCCGCAAGAGCAACUACUACUCGACUCCGGACUACGCGUCGGCCAAAUACUACAACACCUCGGCGCAGUCCACUCCGCAGCGCAAAUCCGACUAUGUAAGUGGCUAUGCCUAUACCCACGAACGUCGGAUGCCAGCGCACGACGACGGCAAGAAGCAGCGGAAGUACUCGAGCAGCCAGCACUAUUCUACACGCCCGCAAUACGUCUAUGACGGCUACAGCGACCGCGAGUAUGAGUAUCUGCCACGCUACGAACAGUACGAAGCACCACCACCUUCGUACAGACGCCAUCAGAGUUAUUGUGAGUCACGCACUGAUCGUCGCUAUUAUGAUCAGGUGCCCAUCUACACUCACGCCGAGCCCACGGAGUCGACGCGCCCUCGUCGAGCGUCGUACAGCCAGCAGAACGCCAAGCCGACAUACACAUCCACGCCUCGGCGUCCGAGCACAGCCACGAAACCGCCUCCGAAGGCAACAGCAGAGGAUGCGCGUCAAGCUGGCAUACCUGCCGGCUACUGCUACAAGAACUGGGAUCCGACAGAAGAGCCAAUACUUCUCCUCGGCAGCGUGUUCGACGCCAACUCGCUGGGGAAGUGGAUCUACGAUUGGACCGUGUUCUUCUACGGCGCGGCAACGCCGAUGUCAGAGGUUGCCGGCGAUCUCUGGCUGCUGCUCAUCCAGCUCGCCGGUAAAGUCAAGCGAGCCGAGGAGUGCAUGCCACGGAUCCGCCAGACCGCCUCGCGAGAACUGGUCGACGACUUCCUGGAGUCCGGCGAGCGCCUGUGGCAACGCUUCAACAGGCUGCUCAAGAUCUGCGAGAACUACAUGUGGAAGGCGGCGAAGAAGGAGAGCGGCAGCACGGCCAAGGUCCGCAUGGGCAAAAACAGCGGCUGCGAGUUCGUCGACGCCAUCUUCGGUCGCGACCGCGAGCUCGAGCGGACGGAGAAGCUGAUGACCAGCAUGCGGCUGUGGUCCAUGCGCUUCGACGCGAACUGCGAGGACAUCCUUCGCCAUCCUGCUGCCUAG